AUGGCUUCCAAUAACCUCGUCUUUCUUAUCUUUGUUAUUACCUUGUUGAACUUCCCAACCACUAAAGCACAGAACGAGGACAGGGUUUAUUUUGAGUACCAAAAAUGCAGUGCAAACAAAACAUCUUCUACCAGCAUCUAUCAGAACAACUUGAUAACCCUUCUCUCUUCCUUCACUUCCAACGCAUCUGCUAAGUUAUUCUACAACACCACGAUCCUCAGCAGAAACAAUACGGUGUAUGGUUUGUUCAUGUGUAGGGGUGACAUACCCUUACGCCUGUGCAAAGAAUGCGUGGCCAACGCAACCGAGAAGUUAUCUACAGACCCAGAUUGUAACAACUCCGUAGAGGCUGUGAUGUGGUACGCUGAAUGCAAGCUUCGGUAUUCCAAUGUGCCCUUCUUCUCCGUCGUGGCCACGUCUCCAGAACAUCUUCUUGUCAGCACUGGCGAUGUCUCCACCAACUCCACAAUCAGCUUCAUGAACUUCUUGCACAACGCAAUGAACCGAACUGCAGAAGCAGCAGCGGUUUCGGAUGCGAGGUUCUCGACAAAGGAAACGAACUUGUCUCAUUCUGAGACCGUUUACACUCUCGCUCAGUGUACCCAGGAUUUGUCACCGGAAAACUGCAGAACUUGCCUUGCAGAAGCAAUAGAGGAGCUUCCAACGUGUUGUGAUGGAAAACAAGGAGCGAGAGUUGUGUUUCCGAGUUGUAACAUUUGGUAUGAGAUGUACCCUUUCUAUGGCCUCGUCACUGAUAAUCCACCAGAAAGACUCGCUCCAUCAUCAGUUGGACUUGAAAGUUUCACUGUAGAGUCCUUGCAAUUCAAGUUGGCAAUAAUUGAAGUAGCAACAAACAACUUUGCAGAUGACAAUAAGAUAGGCGAAGGAGGAUUUGGAGAAGUUUACAAGGGUAUUCUUAUUGAUGGAACAUCUAUAGCGGUAAAAAGACUUUCAAGAAAUUCUAAACAAGGUUUAGAGGAGUUUAAAAAUGAAGUUAUGUUGAUAGCCAAAUUCCAACAUAGAAACUUAGUAACUUUCAAAGGAUUUUGUCUUGAUGAGGAAGAGAAGAUACUUAUCUAUGAAUAUGUGCCAAACAAGAGUUUGGACUACUUCUUAUUUGAUACUAAACAAGUGUUUUUGACUUGGUCUGAGCGUUAUAAAAUAAUAGAAGGGAUUGCUAGAGGAAUUUUAUAUUUACACGACCAUUCUCGACUUAAAGUUAUACAUCGUGAUCUCAAACCCAGUAAUGUACUAUUAGAUGAAAAUAUGAAUCCAAAGAUUUCAGAUUUUGGUCUUGCUAGAAUUGUUGAAAAUGAUCAACAAGAAGGAAGUACAAAGAGAAUUAUUGGAACAUAUGGUUAUAUGUCUCCAGAGUAUGCAAUGUUUGGUCAAUUUUCUGAGAAAUCAGAUGUUUACAGUUUUGGAGUUAUGAUUCUUGAAAUUGUUAGUGGGAAAAAGAAUAUAGGUUCAUAUGAACCACAUCGUAUUGUAUGGGAGCAUUGGAGGGAUGAAACACCGUUGAGUACAUUAGAUCCAGAUUUAAAAGAAAAUCAUUCUAAUAUUGAAGUCAUUAGAUGUGUUAAGAUUGGUUUAUUAUGCGUUCAAGAAAAUCCAGAUGCUAGACCUACAAUGUUAACCAUUGUCUCAUAUCUCAAUGGUCACUUGGUUGAUUUACCUUCUCCCCUAGAACCGACAUUUUCUUUGAAUCGAAGAACAAAUCCAAUUGUUGCACACAAUCCAAGUUUGAGACAAUCUAUCAACAAUUCCAUAUCAACCUCAAUCAAUGAGAUGUCUACAAGUAAUUUUUAUCCUCGAUAA